UAAUGGCUGCACUGAGGGUGUUGUGUGCGUCGUGUUCACGCCGGUCUGUUACUGUUCUUCCCCGCGUGGCUGUGGGUUUAUUUAUCAGGACUAAACUCCAGCAACCAGAAUUAACUCUGCACUCAUACAUUCAUCAUCACAAAGCCAGAGUUUUAUUCUCGAACCUUCUCCUGAACCCAGUGUUAAUGUCAGCUUCUGUUUCCACAUCAACAUCUGCUGCUAUGAUGAGCCACAGGAUGGUGUGGGUGGAUUUAGAGAUGACAGGACUGGAUAUAGAAAAGGAUGAGAUUAUCGAAAUGGCAUGCAUCAUCACAGACUCAGAUCUCAACAUCAUCGCUGAGGGUCCUAAUCUGAUCAUCAAUCAGCCGGACGAGCUGCUCGACAGCAUGUCGGAUUGGUGCAAGGAGCAUCAUGGGAAGUCAGGGUUGACGCAGGCAGUGCGGGACAGUAAGAUCUCACUUCAGCAGGCAGAGUACGAGUUCAUAUCAUUCGUCAGACAGCACACACCACCGGGCCAGUGUCCUCUGGCAGGAAACUCUGUGCACGCUGAUAAGAGGUUUUUGGACAAGUACAUGCCCCAGUUCAUGCAUCAUCUCCACUACCGCAUCAUCGACGUGAGCACGGUCAAGGAGCUCUGCAGACGCUGGUUUCCAAACGACUACAAACAUGCACCUCAAAAGAAAUCUUCACACAGAGCGCUGGGUGACAUUCAAGAGAGCAUCAAAGAGCUGAAGUUUUACAGAGAGACCGUCUUCAAACCUCAAGGAGAAGAGAAGAAGAGAAAGAUUAUUGAAAAUGGAGAGAACAAACACACGGCCUAAAACACACCUGCUCUGACUUUGGAGAGAGAAUGUGUGUGUGUGUGUGUGAGACAGGGAGUGUGAGAGAGAGAGACAGGGAGUGUGAGAGAGAGAGACAGGGAGUGUGAGAGAGAGAGACAGGGAGUGUGAGAGAGAGAGACAGGGAGUGUGAGAGAGAGAGACAGGGAGUGUGAGAGAGAGAGACAGGGAGUGUGAGAGAGAGAGACAGGGAGUGUGAGAGAGAGAGACAGGGAGUGUGAGAGAGAGAGACAGGGAGUGUGAGAGAGAGAGACAGGGAGUGUGAGAGAGAGAGACAGGGAGUGUGAGAGAGAGAGACCGAGAGUGUGUGAGAGAGAGAGAGAGAGAGAGAGAGAGACAGAGAGUGUGAGAGAGAGAGAGACGUUCUGUGUUCUUUAUUUUAUCAUCUGAUACACGCCUGGUUCCACAUACACUUUUAGUUCUCAGUAUUGCUACAGAAAUUAGGAACAACUUGAUUUUUUUUUCUCGUGCUGCUUUGAAUUUGUUAAUCUGUCUGUGCUGUUUGCUGAAGCGCAAAUACAAAAUGUGAACACUGA